UGUAAAUAAAAACAACGCUCAAAAGUAAGUCUUAUAUAAUUCAAUGUAUUGACGCUUAUGAGUUUCGUAAAUACCACGUAUAAGUACCUUACAAACACUUGUCUUUUUUUUAUCUCUGUGAGCGGUCCGUAAAUUAAGAAUGAGGAAAUCAAGAGUAUAUUGACCGGUCGUCAACACACAUUACACAAAAGCAAGCACCCAAUAUACUAUUAUAAGCAUAUAUUAUAUGUUUUAAACUCACAUCAUUUCCAUGAAACAGCCGAUACAUUAAUAGUCAACAUGAGACAGACGAGGCGUUCCAUAACUGGUAUCUUGUUUCUUAUAUGGAUUGAACCUGUUUAAUAUUGACGUCUGACGUCAUCGCCCGUGUUGUACAAGUUCAGUUGAACUGUGCGCUAGUGCCUUAGUAUUUUGAUGUUGACAAUGACGAUUGUUAAAAACUGAAAAAAUAAUUGCUGUAUCAAUUAUCAAUUAUCUUUUCAAGAUACAAUUUUAUAUGAUAUAUAUUUUUAAAUCGGAUUAUGUUCUUAUUUAGAAUUUACUUCAAGAGGUAUACAAUUUUCUCAAUGCGUGACAAUACUGUUGAAAUCAUCAAUUAUACACUGAAUGAUACACAUGAUACACAUGAUGAAAAUAUUCGGUCAAUAAAAGAAAUAGAAAACGACACUUCGAACAAAAUCGUAUAAUAGUAAAAAAAAGAUGCAGCCUUUAACUGUUAAUGGAUUUCAGUCCUUAUACAUGCUCGGACUGCCUGGAUUGCAUAUUUGUUAUUACCAAACAGUAUGGAUUAUACACAUCAGAAAUUGUAUACAUAGAAGGAAUACUAUAUUCAACAUUAAUAAUAAAACAAUAUGUAUGAUUGUCUUUUUAAAGAAUAAUUACUUGUAUAUUACAGUCUUAAUCCUGAGUUUUGUUUUCUUUCAAACUUUGAUUACAUUUGAGCAUAUAUGGUUGCUGAAAGUAAAUUUAAGCAGUAAACAGCCAUGUAUACAGUGUUACGAAUAUAAUAUUGAAGAACGAAGAUUCAUACACUUGUUAUGAUUUGUUGCAGCCAGGAAAUAAUCAUAUAUAUAUAGCCAAACUUCGGAUUACUUACAUUCUUUGAUAUAAAGGUCGAUAAAGUUUUCCGGUACGCUUCACAACGACUUGUAAGGCUUGUGAGGCUGCAGAUGUUUCAUGUGUCGAUAUUUUAGUAAUAUUUGCAGUCAUGUCGAUAAGGAAGACAGCAUUUAUUGUUUUAAAAUAUUUGCUUUUAAUAUAUUUUAAACAAUGUUCUACGUCAACACAGAAAAUGAACGUUUUGCUUAUUACGGUAGACGACUUAAGACCGCAGUUGGGAGCAUAUGAAGGUCAGGAUUUUCCGGCUUCUCUUCAAGUAAAAAUGCACACACCCUACAUUGACGCUCUCGCUGCAAAAAGUCUGCUGUUAAAACGCGCGUACGUUCAGGUUGCACUGUGCUCGCCUUCCAGAACCUGUCUUCUUACCGGACGAAGACCGCAUACGACAAAUGUGUUUCAUAUAGGACCGUACUUUAGAGAAGUAGGCGGAAACUUUACGACGAUCCCGCAGUAUUUUAAGAUAAAUGGAUAUUCUACAAUUGGAAUUGGGAAAGUUUUUCACGGAGGUUCUUCGUCUGCAGGAAAUGAUCCCAUAUCGUGGACCGAACCUCAUUUGGAUGGCGUCAGUCAUUUUGAAAAUAGUGGACGCAGUUGGUCAGCAGUGCCAGAUGAACAACUGAAAGUCAAACCUCUUGUCGAUCAGCAAAUUGCUGACAAAACAAUUAAGACAUUACGUAAAUUUGCACCGAAAGCGUUAUCGGGAAAAAAACCAUUCUUUGUUGCUAUCGGGUUAAACAAACCUCAUUUACCGUUUGUGUUUCCCAAGUCAUUUAUGAAGCAUUACCCAGAUGUUGAACUCCCAGAAAAUCCAUAUGCACCUGUUAAUAUGCCCUCUAUUGCAAAUUAUAGAUGUUCUCGGCUGUACAAGGACGUUAACGCUACUCGGAAGGAUGAACACAAAAAUAAGGCUUUAUCAGACUCAUAUGUGGUAAACUUAAGAAGAGCAUAUUACUCAUGUGUGUCAUAUAUUGACUCUCUUGUGGGUCGCAUUCUGAGCGAACUUGAUACAUUAGGACUCAGCAAUAGGACAAUCGUAUCGCUUUGGGGUGACCACGGAUUCCAGUUGGGCGAGCACGGAAUGUGGUGUAAACAUUCUAACUUUGAACUAGCGACCCACACCCCAAUGAUGAUUCACAUUCCCGGACUGACGGACAAAGGCGUGUCCUCGAGGCAAGUCACCGAGUCUGUCGAUAUGUUUCCGACACUUGUGGAAGCGGCUGGUCUUCCUUCAUUACAACCGUGUCCUGUAAACUCCCGGGAAGUAGCAUUGUGUUCGGAAGGUACAAAUCUAAUGCCUCUAAUAAAAAACCCACACGGUCCUCUUAAAACAGCAGCCUUUUCCCAGUAUCAACGUAAGGGGUAUAUGGGUUACAACAUGCGCACGGACAGAUACCGUUAUACAGAAUGGGCAAAGUUCAACGAUGCGCCCGAGUACAGGCCCAACUGGAGCAACCUGGCUGGUGUGGAACUGUAUGAUCACGACAUUGAUCCCCAGGAAAACGUUAACAGGGCAUUCAACAAAGACUACACAAGCAUCAGACAAGAAUUGAGUCGCCUUUUACGAUCAAGCUAUGAGCGAGGCUUGUAGUGUAGUACUCCGAUACCGUAAAUCAUUUAUGCUCGGGGGCAUAACAUUUCGUUGUUUAUUUAAAGACUUCC